UAACUAGUCACAAUUGUUAUAACCAAUUGAUUUCAAAGCAAUUAAGAGAUUUUGUUGUUCCCCUAUAUUGUUGUAUAAAACUACUGUUUUCAUUACACCAAGUUAUAUACACUAUUGGAGUUAUUUUCCCUUAACCUCAUACCAUUGAUAAUACGAUUAGAACAGACCCGUUAUUACGUGAUUUCAGUAUUCAGCACACAAUUAAGGAUCCAUGUGUGGUAAAUUAAAAUAACCGAAGCUUUCCCUUGUGGGAAUGCCACUGCAUUUUUGAGUGAAAUGUUUAUGAUCUUUGAUCGAUCGUUUGAUCGAUUGAUCGUUUGAUCGAUCGAUCGAUCGAUCGUUCGAUUAGUUACUUAAGUAUGAUAUUCUAGACACUGUUUAAAGGCUGAAAAAGGUCCAAGACCAAAAGCCGCAAUUGUCAACAGUUUGUAGCUGCAGUUUUUCCCCCAGAGUCGGUUUUAGGUUUUAGAUUUUAGUUCAGCUCAUCGGGCGGGCCAGUCGAUCGCGGCAGUCGAGUGCGUCCGGCUGCAAAGUUGGAUGACUUCGCCACUCCAAUGACUUUGCAUCAUCACUUGAGAAUCAUUCUCAGCCUCUGGCUCUGGCUCUGUCUCUUGGCAUUUGCGGUGUUGGUGGUUUUGGGACAGGACGACAAUGGCAACUCCGUGUUCGAUAUGCUGGAGAUGUUGCGACGCGGCCAGGAGCAAUUGGAUCUGGAGAACCUGGACGAGGGACAACCGCUGUCGGCCAACUACGAUUUCAUAGUGGUUGGAGCUGGCACGGCGGGUUGUGCCCUCGCUGCUCGCCUCUCGGAGAAUCCCAAGUGGCGCGUACUCCUCCUGGAGGCCGGUGGUCCCGAGAACUAUGCCAUGGACAUACCCAUCGUGGCGCAUCUGCUGCAGUUGGGCGAAGUCAACUGGAAGUACAAGACGGAACCCUCGAACAGCUAUUGUCUGGCCAUGAACGGGAAUCGCUGCAAUUGGCCCAGGGGCAAGGUGAUGGGCGGCAGUUCGGUCCUCAACUACAUGAUGUACACGCGGGGCAAUCGCAGGGACUACGAUCGCUGGUCUCAGCUGGGCAAUCCCGGCUGGAGUUACGACGAGUUGCUGCCCUAUUUCAGGAAGUACGAGGGCAGCGUGGUGCCCGAUGCUGAGGACGCAUUUGUGGGACGUCGUGGCCCCGUGAAGAUCAGCUACACGGAGACACGCACCAAGAUCGCCGAUGCCUUUGUGCGAGCCUCCCAGGAAGCGGGUCUGCCACGUGGCGAUUACAAUGGAGCGAGGCAGCUGCGUGUUUCCUAUCUACAGGCCAACAUCUAUAACGAAACCCGGUGGAGCUCCAAUCGGGCCUAUCUGUACCCCAUCAAGGGGAAACGCAGGAAUCUGCAGGUGCAGAAGAACGCCCUGGUCACCAAAGUGCUGAUCGAUGCGCAAAAGAAAGAGGCUUUUGGCGUUAUGGUGCAGAUAGAUGGCAAACUACAUAAGAUCCUGGCCAGAAGGGAGGUGAUCCUGUCGGCGGGCGCCAUCAAUACACCCCAAUUGCUGAUGCUGUCGGGCGUGGGCCCAGCCAAACAUCUGCGGGAGAUGGGCAUUAAGCCGCUGGCCGAUCUGGCCGUGGGCUAUAACCUCCAGGAUCACAUUGGCCCGGCCGUGAGUGUGCUGUGCAACGUGAGCUCCCUGCAAAUCAGUGAGAUGUUCAAGGUGGAGGUCAUGUCCGAGUUCCUCAAGGGACGAGGCGUACUACGCAUUCCCGGUGGCGUGGAGGCCAUAUCCUUUUACGCCCUGGACGAUGCUCGCAAUCCCGAUGGCUGGGCCGACAUGGAGCUGUUUGUGGUGGCUGGUGGCUUGCAAACGAACUUGGCCCUACGUCUGGCACUGGGCAUCCGAUCGGAUAUAUAUGAGAAUAUGUUCGGAGAACUAGAACGGCGGAGUGCCAACGGUUUCAUGAUAUUCCCCAUGAUCCUGCGGGCCAAAAGUCGGGGUCGCAUCAAACUCAAGAGUCGAAAUCCCACCGAACAUCCGCGAAUUUAUGCCAACUACUUUGCAGAUCCGUAUGAUUUGAACAUCACGGUGCGUGGAAUCGAACAGGCUGUGAGGUUACUGGACAAGCCAGCGUUUAGGGCGAUUGGAGCGAAACUGCUGGAGAAACGCUUGCCCAAUUGUGCGAAACACAAGUGGAGGAGCAGCGCCUACUGGGCCUGCUAUGCCCGCCACUUCACCUUCACCAUCUACCACUACUCGGGCACGGCCAAGAUGGGUCCUCGGCAGGAUCCGUCGGCGGUGGUCGAUGCCCGCCUCAGGGUCCACGGAAUUGAAAAGCUCCGGGUUGUGGAUGCCAGCAUUAUGCCCUAUUUGAUCUCGGGCCAUCCCAACGGGCCGGUCUACCUUAUAGCAGAGAAGGCAGCCGACAUGAUCAAAGAGGAUCAUAACUUUCUCUAACACUGAUAAAAAAAAAAUAACAAAAUAACGUAGUAAAUCCGAGUAUUUAAUAAUCAAUUUAAUUAAACAACAAGGACCCAUUUAAAAUUCAAUACUUUCCACUUUAAAUCAUGUAUUUAAAUAUGCACUGUAUUUCCCUGACUUAAUAUUUAAUUUUAAAAAUAAUUUUGUAGUAAAUAUCCUCAUGUUUUCUUUUUAAAAAGAAAAUUAAAAAUUCAGUAACACUAUAUUUUUCAAGGGGUGAUCUUAUAUAUAUAAUUGAGUGAGUUCUAAUGCAUAAAAAAAGGCAGAACAACCUUCUUAACUCAAUGAGUGUAAUGACAAUGAAAAAAAAUUAUUUUUAAUGUUAAUUAUUCCAAAUGGUGGUAAUUAAUUGUUAGAUCACUAUAAUAAUUACAAACAAAUGGACAACUAAUCCUACAAUAAUUUGUCAUUCAGCUGUAAAUUCCUAUUAAUGAUUUUUCUUGUAUGCAAAUUAUUCUACAUAUAAUAAAGAAAGUACAGAAGAUAAUAAUUUUGUAGGAAAAGCAAAUCAUUAAAAUUUUUAGCUGGCAUUUGUAGAUACUGGUCAUUAAUUACAGAACACACCUUAUUUAUUUUUUUUGUUUAUAAAAUGAAAAAAGAAAUGUUACCAAAAUUAGUAAUUUUUUUAUGUAGAAAAUCAUUUUGGCAAUUGGUUUUAAAAUUUAAUUUAUGUUUAAAUGGUUAUAUUAAAUGAGCAUGUUAAUUUCACAUAUAUUAAGUUUUUGAAAAGUACCCAAGCAUCAUAAAAAAUUAAAUAUAAUAAAAAAUGUUUUUGGAAUAAAACUC